CUCACCUACCAGAUCAGUGCCACAUACUCGACUUGCACCAUUCAUCCAUUCUCAGCUGCAGUACAUGUAGUUCAGGAGGGAGAUCGAGCACCCUUACGGAAAUAAUGCCGUUUGAAAUUGUGGGUUUCGGAUUGCUUUUUUUGAUUUUGACCGGGAUACUCCCAUACAACACCUGUACAGAAGACUUGAUAACUGAACCCGUAGAACCUGUCCUGCUCGAGUCUUUGUUGCUGAAGCCUAAAGUAUUGCUCAGUAUCCUUGCGCGCAAUGCGGAGCACAGUCUUCCCUACUUCUUGGGGUGCAUCGACAGGCUGGAAUAUCCUAAGGAUCGUAUCGCCAUCUGUGCUGCUGCAGACCACAGUGUGGACAACACCACAGCCAUGCUGCAGGAGUGA